CACGAGGCUAUUAGUUACUAUUAUUAUGGAGCGACGCAAUCUCCGAAACAACCCAGCUCUCUUUCCCGCACCGCCCGGCGCCUGCGAGGUUCAAACAGUCGAUUGCAAUUGAUCAGGUCGCGGCCGGCUUGAAUCCUGGUCUCUCGAGUCAAUUUCCUUCGCGGUCGAGCAAAGCGCGAUGGUUGCGCCCGCUGUUCCUGAGAUCUAUGAGGAGGAGGAUAUAUUCGCUGCGGUUGAUGCGCGCACGGAGUCUUUGCAGCAUCUCCGAGAACUCGGCCCCCCCGAUCUAGUUUACUUGGUGAAACAGCCAAAGGCCAGCACGAGCCGACAGGCUGGAGUCUACCACCAUGUCACUGGAAUCGACGCCUCGUCCUCCGCCAGUCUAGCUGCCUACGUCAACACGCUCACAUACUCUCCAUUGGAUAAAACCCACAAAGUUGUGUCUGGAAUAUACUGUUGCUACAAUGCCUUUUCACACCUGGACAUGCGUGUUGAGGUCAAGAUCCCAGGCAGUCUGGAGAGCUACUGUAUCGAUGAACGUGGAGACAAACGGGUCGCGACGGAGGCCUUGUGGCUGGAGACAUUCCUGUGUGGUGUGCUGAGGGCGUACUCGUAUGCUGAUGAUGGAAGUGGAGACGCCAUUCGUAAGAUUGUUGGAGUCCGCCGGUUCAAUCCGGUCACAAAUACAGAAAUGGAACACAAGUUCCUGGAUGCUGCAGAGAAGCUGUUCUUCUUGGGGAGACAGUUGAGUUCCGACCCGGAGACCCAGGUGCCCAACACUGUGAGCAACCACCUUACCUCUGGUCUUCUGAAGUACAUCUACACGACAGGCCGCUAUGCGUCGGGCAUAAACCUGUUCGAGAAGCUGCGCACUCGCGACGUGGAGGUCUCGUCACUGCUUGCCCGAGUGUUGACUAUGGCGGACGAAGAAGUCCAAGCCGUGCGUCUGCUGUACGACGCCCUGCAAGAUGUACCCAUGGACUAUGCGCUGCUGGACUGCCAAGCUGCCUUCUGCCAGAGCAAGGGAGAAGGCGAGAUGGCGCUGGAGUGUGCGAAACGGGCGGUGACGGCUGCACCGAGCGAGUUCAGCACCUGGGCCCGUCUGGCCGAGGUAUAUGUGGACAUGGAGCAGUGGGACCUGGCGCUCCUGACACUUAACUCGUGUCCCAUGUUCACCUACCAAGACAAAGACGCGCCUCGCAUGCCGCAGCCGUCUCGCAUCCUGCUCCCCAUUCUCAGCGAGAGCGUGCUGGACGAGAUCGACGAAGGCCAGCCGAAACAAGGGGACCCUCACGACUCGGUCCACCCGUCUCUGAGAAAGCUGCAUGCGUCCAGCUACCAGGGCACCUUCCUCAAGGCGUAUAACCUGCUGACGCGGAUCGCGGCCGCCAUCGGCUGGGACCAGCUGCUCAAGAUCCGCAGCGAAGUAUUUGUGAUGGAGGAGGAAUACCGGACCGAGCGGCAGCAAGCACCCAAGGGCCGGCCGGCCAGCACCAUCGGCAGCGCAGCCAACGUUGCAGCCGGCAACAGCGAGGAAGCAGCCCAGCAGCCUCAGGAGACCAUCUCGGAGGUGGCCUCUGAUAGUACCACGCCCAACGGCCUCGACGAGGCCCACAACAUCGAGCGACCGGAGCAAUCCAUGGCGUCGGAAGUUAUCAAAUCUGGCAGUGACGAUCCCGACCCGUCGCACAUGGCAUACACGCAGUUCAAGGACAAGCGGCUCUGCGAGCGGUGGCUGGACAACCUGUUCAUGGUCCUGUACGAGGACUUGCGCAUCUACACGAUCUGGCGCACGGAGAUGGCCCAGUACCGCCAGCAGGCGAUGGAGUACAAAAAGUCCGCGACGGAGUGGGAGAUCCUCGGCGAGCUGGCCGAACGGCUGCACCACUUCGACGAGGCGAUCGAAGCCUACCAGAGCUGUCUGGCAAUCCGGUUCUCGCCCAAGGCGAUGCGCGGCCAGCUCAAGCUCUACGAGAAGAAGAACGAUACCCGCUCCAUGCUGAGUGCUCUUAUCAAAUUGAUCGCAUGGCAGUAUAGAUGGUACUCCGAGUUCUCCCCCGAACUCCUCUUCCUCAUCCGCCGCCUGAUCGAGGAAGAAGGCGCCGUCAAGGUGCGCAGCAUCGUCCAGGCGACCAACCUGCCGCAGACGGUGCUCGAUCUGACGCACCAGUAUUGUCAGCUGUGCGCGACCUUCCGGAGCAGCGGGAGUGAUGCUUAAAAAGACAACUACGGCUAGAAAUACCUGACUGCUAUUGCUAUGAAUGGAACAUACAUAUUAUACAUAUAAUGAUUGUUUCUUUUCUUUUCUCAUUUGCUUCUCUACGCUCUUAACUGUUUACUAUUAUGAUAUGGAGUUAGGAAUGAUUAGAUUGCAGUCUAGUAGUCAUCUAGUAGCCAUAACUAGCUAGACUGCUACCGGAGGCCAAAUAGUUUACAGUACAUCUUCCAUAAGAAUAGGUAAUAAUGGGAACUACUCUUCGUCAGAAACGUCGACAACCUCCGGCUCCUUGGGCACAACCUUGCCCUUUGCCUUGACAGCCGCAGCAGCAGGACCGCUCGACUUGGCCGUCU